UCGUGCCAUGUCGUAUUAGGGCAAUCCACAGAGGCAGACCCAACAGUCCACAGGAACGUGACUCCCCUCUUCUGCCUCCCUUUUGGUUUCUGCUUCCGCUUGUCCAUCCUUCUUCUCUUGCUUGCGAUCCUAAACAACCGACGCCAGACCAUGGAUGCCUUGACAGGCCGAGAUCAUGGCACUCAUCGCCGUUGAUGAAGAGAAAAGAUAGCUGCAGUAGUUCCAGCUUCGGCCGCCCUGCCCAACCCCCAGCAUGAGGCUCCCAAAUCUCCUCCUUCGUCAACUGGUUCGGGUGCUGCUCUUGUCGACGCUCUCAUGCAUGCUGUCCCCCUUCGUUGUCUCCGCGGGCGGCGCUGACCUGCCGACGCCGCUCAACGACGAAGUCCUUGGUCUCAUCGUCUUCAAGUCGGUGCUCGAGGACCCGGCCGGCGCCCUUGCGACGUGGAACGAGGCCGAUGCCACCCCAUGCAACUGGUCUCACGUCGAGUGUGGCGUCGCCUCCUCCCGGGUGGUCCGCCUUGACCUCGCUUCCCUCUCGCUCUCCGGACCCCUCCCUCGCGGCCUCGACCGCCUCCCCGCCCUCGCCUCGCUCUCCCUAGCCGAUAACAACCUCUCCGGCCCUAUCCCCCCCGGCCUCUCCCUCCUCCCCUCCCUCCGCUCCCUCGACCUCAGCCGCAACGCCUUCUCCGGCCGCCUGCCCGACGAUCUCUCCCUCCUCUCCUCCAUCCGCUACCUCGACCUCUCCUCCAAUUCACUCGCCGGCCCCAUCCCAGACUCCUUCUUCUCCUCCUCCCACUCCUCGGCCACCACCUGCGGCUCGCUUCGCUACCUCUCCCUCGCUGGCAACCGCUUUGAGGGUCCCUUGCCUUCCACAUUGCCGCAGUGUUCCUUUCUCCUCCACCUCAACCUCUCCGACAACAGGUUCUCCGGCGCGCCGGACUUCGCCAACGGUCUCUGGCCGCUCUCCCGGCUGCGAGUGCUUGAUCUGUCCCGUAACUCCUUUUCUGGGCCGAUCCCCGCCGGAAUCGGCGAUCUGCAUAACCUCAAGCACCUCCAGUUGAACCACAACCAGUUCUCCGGGGUCAUCCCCGCUGGCAUCGGCCUCUGUCCGCACUUAGACACCUUGGACCUGAGCUUCAACUCCUUCGACGGACAUCUCCCGGACUCCGUCCAAUAUCUGAGUUCUAUGACCUUCCUCAGCUUGUCAAACAACCAACUCUCUGGCGAUGUUCUGCCAUGGAUCGGGAACUUGACCUCCGUCCAGCACUUGGAUCUAUCGAACAACAAGUUCACCGGCAGCUUGCCGCCGUCGCUCGGCGGGCUGAAGGAGUUGACUUAUCUAAGCCUAUCCAACAACAAGCUCACCGGAACGAUCCCGGACGCGGUGGCGGAAUGCUCGAAGCUGACCGAGCUCCGGCUGAAGGGGAACAGGCUCAACGGUAGCAUCCCGCAAGGCCUGUUCAAUCUGGGCCUGGAGGUGCUCGACUUGUCGUCGAAUGAACUCUCCGGCGCGAUGCCGCCGGGGUCGACGAGGAUUUCGGAGACCCUUCACUCACUCGACCUGUCAGCUAAUCAAUUGACAGGGGCUAUUCCGCCGGAGAUGGCGUCCUACUUCAGUCUCAGGUUCUUGAACCUCUCGUGGAACGAGCUCCGGGCGCCGCUGCUUCCGGAGUUCGGGUUGUUCCGUUACCUGACGGUGUUGGAUCUCCGAAGCAGCAAGUUGUACGGGACUAUACCCGCGGACAUGUGCAAAUCCGGUAGCCUCUCUGUUCUGCAACUCGACGGCAACUCCUUCAGCGGCCCAAUUCCUGACGAGAUCGGGAACUGUUCAUCACUAUACUUGCUGAGUUUAUCCCACAACAGCUUGAACGGAUCGAUUCCAGCCUCCUUGUCGCGGCUCAAGAAGCUCGAAAUCCUCAAGCUGGAGUUCAACAACUUGAGCGGCGAGAUACCGCAGCAGCUCGGUGGGCUGGACAACCUUCUGGCUGUUAACAUAUCGCACAACCGUCUCAUCGGCCGGCUCCCCAUGGAAGGCAUAUUCCAGAGCCUUGAUGGCAGUGCUCUGCAAGGCAAUCUUGGCCUGUGCUCUCCCCUCGUGUUGGAGCCGUGCAAGAUGAAUGUCCCCAAGCCGCUGGUCCUCGACCCGGAUGCCUACACUAGAGGGAACGGCAACAACAUGGUCACCGUCGACCCUGCGAACCCGGUGGUUGUUCGACACAGGAAGUUCCUCAGCAUCUCGUCCAUGGUGGCCAUCUCCGCGGCUCUCGUGAUCGCGUCCGGUGUGCUUGUGAUAACUCUGCUCAACAUGUCGGCCCGGAGGAGGAUCGUGCAGCUGGAGAACGCCCUGGAGAGCAAAUGCUCGAGCUCGACGAGGUCGACGGGGACUCCCGCUGCAGGGAAGAUGGUGGUGUUCGGCCCCAAGAACGAUCUGAGGUCGGAGGACUUGGCUGGAAGCGCUGAGGCUCUACUGGCGAAAGCCACUGAGAUAGGCAGGGGAGUCUUCGGUACGGUGUACCGAGCAUCGAUGGGAGAAGGGCGAACCGUCGCCAUUAAGAAGCUCCUGACAGCUAACAUAGUUCAGUACCACGACGACUUCGACAGAGAGGUUCGAGUGCUAGGGAAGGUAAGGCACCCGAAUCUGAUGCCACUGAGAGGCUACUACUGGACUCCUCAGCUCCAGCUACUGAUAUCCGAUUACGCUCGCCAUGGAAGCUUGCAUUCCAGGCUUCACGAGAACCCCGAGUCGAUGCCGCCGCUGUCAUGGGCCGAUCGCUUCCACAUCGUGAUUGGCACGGCCGACGGCCUCGCUCAUCUGCACCAGUCAUUCCGUCCUCCGAUCAUCCACUACAACCUGAAGCCGACCAAUAUACUCCUCGACGAGAGCUGCAAUCCCAUCAUCUCCGACUUCGGCCACGCCAGGCUUCUGCCGAAGCUCGACAAGCACAUCAUAAGCAGCCGGUUCCAGAGCGCAAUGGGCUACAUGGCCCCGGAGUUAGCGUGCCAGAGCCUGAGGGUGAACGAGAAGUGCGACGUGUACGGCUUCGGCGUGCUGAUUCUAGAGCUGGUGACGGGGCGGAAGCCGGUGGAGUACCGGGAUGACGAUGUCGUGAUACUGAUCGACCAGGUGAGGCUGCUGCUGGAGCAGGGCAAGGCGCUGGAGUGCAUCGACGCGAGCAUGGGGAAGUACCCGGAGGAGGAGGUUCUGCCGGUGCUCAAGCUAGGAUUGGUGUGCGCCUCUCAGAUCCCCUCGAGCAGGCCUUCUAUGGCGGAGGUCGUGCAAAUACUGCAGGUGAUCAAGACGCCGGUGUUGGAGAGGAUGGAAGCUUUCUGAUGGAAUUCAUUCCUCGGCACCAGCGACGCGCUCUUCCUCUGUUUUCUUGCUUUGACUUCCUUGGGUCUCCUCUCAGCUGUGUUCAUGGUGGGGAGGCAAAUUCGGGUUUGUUUAUCUGUAAUUUCAUAAGCAUGGAUUUGGUUCUUAUCGUCUCAA